AGGCUAAACAUACCCAGCUCCCUAAGCUGUUCCUCAUAAGGCAUCGUUUCCAGGCCUUUGACCAUUUUGGUUGCCCUCUUCUGGACACGUUCCAGCUUGUCAGUAUCCUUCUUGAACUGUGGUGCCCAGAACCCAGAAAUCAUUGCGAGUUAAACGUGCGUAAGGUGCGAUUGUACUUUAUGUGCUCUAGGUCCAGAACCAGCAGCUGGGUUUUCGUUUGUUUCUUUGGUUUCUGUGUGUUUUUGCCAUGAGCUGCCUCUUCCCUCUGGGAAUGCAGCAGACGGGCAAAUAUGCUUCUAUGUGAUAUGGAGCCAAGGCCAAGCCGCCUGUGCCGUCGCUAUCGAUCUCUUGCGGGAGCCUCGUGGGCAAAAACAGACAGCUGGGGGUGGGCGGGCACUGCAUUUAGGAUCCCGAGGCCUCGAGGAAUCAAUAUUUACAGAAGCUGAUCCCAAGUGUUGUGUCUUUCCUGGCUUGGUUUGGAGGACAGGAAAUCUUUCUUUCCAAGGGAUGAUUUUCACGCUUGAGGCUUAGAUUCUUUCUCUGCCUAUAUGUGUGUGUGUAUCAGAUCUGCAAAUCUCUCUAUUUAUACCCUGCUUGUCAGUUCAAAUAACAGAAGCACAAAAAGAAAAAAGCAGUGCAAUAUAUCUGGAAGGGACUUGAAUCAGGUUUGAUGUCACCGUCUGCCCUGCGUGGUUUGUCGCCAUGGCCGACACAAUCUUUGGCAACGGGAACGACCAGUGGGUCUGCCCCAAUGACAGGCAGCUAGCAUUGCGGGCCAAGCUUCAGACCGGCUGGUCUGUGCACACGUUCCAAAGCAACCGGCAGAGGAAGAUGCAGGCGCUGAACUCGAAGGAGAUGGAAGUCAUCCUGGAAGUCGUCCGUCGGGCGGAGAAACUGGACGUUGUCGAACAGCAGAGGAUCGGGCGCCUGGUAGAGCGGCUGGAGAACAUGCGGAAGAACGUGAUGGGCAACGGCUUGUCUCAGUGCCUGCUCUGCGGGGAGGCUCUGGGGCUGCUGGGCAGUACGGCGGUCUUUUGCCAAGACUGCAAAAAGAAAGUCUGCACCAAAUGUGGGAUUGAAACCCUGAGCGCCCAGAAGCGGCCCGUCUGGUUCUGCAAGAUUUGCAGCGAGCAGAGAGAGGUUUGGAAGCGGUCCGGCGCCUGGUUCUACAAGGGCCUCCCCAAGUAUAUCUUGCCUUUGAAAAGCAGCGGCGGCAAAGCUUGCGAGCAGCCCUUGCGGCCUCGUCACCUGGAGCCGCCAGCGAUGGACGUCAAGGGGGUCUCUCCCCGUCAUUCCUUCACCUGGGCCAGAGGAAGAGUGGUCUCUAGUGAUAGUGACAGCGACUCUGAGUUCAGCUCGUCGAGUCUGGAUGACCGGUCUUUGCUCGCAGGAUCGAAGGGUUUCAAGAUCAGACAACGCCGAGUAGAAUCUGUGUCCAGCAGCGAAGUGGCCCGGACCCCCACCAGGACCCCCAGCCGCGCCUUGGGGAGCAUCUUGUCGGAAAGCCAGAGCAGCCUCUGCAGCGAGAGGGGGGGAGCCUUGAGCGCUACAGAGAGCUGCCACAGUGACCUCCCAGCGGAAGACGAAGACAGCGAUGCCGGCCGCGGCGUCUCUGGGAAAAGACGCCUUCUGUCAAGCCCGUGGCGUUGAUGGGGACCCAGCUCCUUCCUCCUGAGAGGUUUCCUCUAAACCGAUCCGCUGUGCAGAAGCCGGGCUUGGACUGUGUGACCCGGGACUUUGGGGGCGGGUGGGGAACCAAAGACACACGCCCGCCUUACUGACCUGAGCUUGCCACUGUGCAGAUGGUGAUGUGGCUGUGGCCGUCUGCCUGCUUUUGUCCUCCUGUUUUGUUUUUUCCUCCUCUGGUGAUAGAUGAAGAACUGGCACAGUCGAGGAACGAUCUUCUCCCUCUUCUUUUGGGAGACCCCUGCAAAGAAGCCAAGAACCCUCCUGUGACCAACUCUCUCCUUUGGCCUUUUGGAAUCGGGGUUCCCUGCAUUUUUGACCGCAUGCACUGAGAUGCUGGCUAGGAUGGCUUUCUCUUGGAAAGAGGGUCCUGCUGUUGAGUGGUUAGGGAGGAGGAGGAGGAGCCGUGUGGUGUGGCUGCAAUGCUUAGCUCUUUGUACAUGCCUUAAAAAUAUUUUGCAUCCUGGGAAAGGCAGUGAGUAUCAGUCCUGGGCGGAGAAUGGGCAUCGCACUGGGUCUCCCUCCUCUUGAAAGGCAGAGGGUUUAGGAUGGACGGGGAGGAACUAUGCCAUGUGGCCUCAUUCUGAGCUGAUUCAUCCCGCCUUCCGCCCAAUCACUGGGAGGCUUUUAGGACAGCAGUUUGGAAAGGAGAAAGAGGAUUGGCUGCAAGUGGGAGUACCCUCAUAUCUCACUUGCCCCCUCCCCCCAUGGGGAAUGCCUUCCCAAUUAAGUGUUUUGCAAUUGGGAUCUGCAACCGGAAGCUCUUAAGCCCAAAUCCAGCCCCUUAAGGAAUUCCAUCACAAUCAUGACAGCUCGUUUGGGGUUGGGAGGAUCGACCCCUGACGAAAAAUGUCCCUCUUGGAUCCCCCUCUCUCUGCAAAAUUCCUUGUUUGGUCUCUUGAGCCUGUAUGUUGCACACAGUGUGUUCCGCUCAUGUGGGAGGCUGUUUUUUUUAUUAAAAAAAAUAAAAUAAAAUUUAAA